AUGGAGAAGAAGUUGGGAUUGUGUCGAGUGACACGAAUGCGAUUUUUGAGAAUCGGAGCUAUACCGCUGAACAGCCUGUACCUGAAGUUGGUUUUCCUCAUAAUGAGCAACAUAUCGAAAGAUGACGAAGGUUUGUAUUGGUGUCGUCACGCAGCGUCUGGUGUUGCUGGCGAAGUGUUCUCGUUGAAAGUGGCAUAUGUGGACCCGAUACCAUCCGACAGAUACAUAAAACCAGAGCAUCCACUUCUUGGUGAUCAAGUCAUGUUGGUGUGUCCGUUACCGAAAGCAGUACCACAGCCAACCAUAAAUUGGCUUUUGAAUGGUGAACCAGUAGCGCACACAUCAAUGGACGCCCAAACAUACCCUAACGGCACAUUGUUUAUACGGCAUUUUUCAACAGUUCAUAAUGGUGUCUAUGAAUGCGUCGUGUGGAAUUUCGCCGCUCGGACAUCAAGCCGAGUUGUGAUCGAUUCCAAACAAAUAGCAAAUCGAAACACGUUCUCUCAAAAACCAGCGACUGCAAGUUGUUCCCUACUUUUCCGUAGCAGUGUUUUAUGGUUUCUUGUAGGAUGUUUAGUAACGAGUUGUUCGGUGCUGAUCUACUUGCUGUGUGCUUUGGUUCUUAUUCGGCCGAACACAAGAGCCACGAUGGUGCCGUCGAUGUGGGCUC